CGAUUAUCUUUUCAUGGCCAAAGUCCAAGCCCGCUCUCUUAUUUCAUUUCACAUGCAUUAACCUCCUCGAUCUCCACUCUCCCAAUUUCCCAACCCCCCGAUCACCCGGUUGAAUAUGGAUCUCUCUGGCAUAGCGAAGAAGCUGGGCCUGUCGGAGUCCAAGCACUUGAUUCGGAAGGCGGCGGAGCUCCGUCGACUCUGCGACGUCCGGUUCGACUCCUCCAUUAUCGGCGUCGGAGAGGUUUGCAAAGCUAUAAUUUGCUUGGAAAUCGCAGCGACUAGGUUGGGAGUUUUAUUUGAUCGGCAAAUUGCUAUUAGGCAGAGUGGGAUGUCGGAGAAGGCUUAUAACAGGUCUUUCAAUUCGUUGCAGAACGGUCUUGGCGUCAAGAACAACCUGGAUGUAAAGGAAUUGGCGAUUCAGUUUGGAUGUGUGAGGCUCAUUCCUUUUGUGAAAAAGGGCUUAUCUAUUUUUAAGGAACGGUUUCUGGCUUCAUUGCCAGCUUCUCGGCAUGCAAGUGCUGACUUCACUCGCCCCUUAUUUACUGCAGUGGCAUUUUAUUUGUGUGCCAAAAAGCAUAAGCUUAAGGUGGACAAGCUUAAGUUGAUUGAGCUCUGUGGGGCAUCUGAACCUGAAUUCUCUAAUGUUUCUACUUCCAUGAAGAACUUAUGCCAUGAUGUUUUUGGAGUUGCAAAGGAAAAGAAAGAUGCCAGAGAUGUAAAAGGGAACCGAGAACUUUUGGAUAUGUUACCUGAAAAAAGGAAAAUUGAGGAUGGUGGAUAUUUAUCUGAUGAUGAACCAGAGUUGUCAAGUUACAAGAAGCGCAAACGAAUGGAAAAACAUGCUUAUGAGGAGUGGAAAUCUUCUGUCAUAGAAUCUAAUGACCAAAACAAGGCAAAAGUUUCAUGCAAGCGGUCCAAGCAAACUUGCCUCAAUUUUACAAAGGAAGUUGCUGAGACACCAAAGUUGGAGGCUUUGUAAGAGACGAAAGUCUAGUCAUACGGUGCUGGAAAUUCACAUGGGGAAUCAAGGAUGAAUACAUUCCAAUUUUUGGUCAUUGUUGUCGCCUCGAGGGUGUUGAGUCUUGUUGGUCGGGUUCAUCAUGCAUAUAUAUAAUUGGUUUUCACGUGCUGUAUGGACCAUGAAAGGAAUUGACUAGCAUGCAUUAUUGAAACAACUCAUUUUGUACAGAGCGGCGAUCAUAAUUGUCUACAUUAAGAUAUCAGUUUCUUUUUUAUUUUCAAAAAUGUUUCCGAAUGCGCUCUCUCCUGUGUCACACAUUUGAAUACCUUAAAGCUUUGGACAUCUCUGUAUAUGUGGUUUCCAUAGGUGCCAGCUAUGUAACAAGAAAGAUGGGACAUGUAAAAGAUUCUCUUAUUAACGUGAAAGGAAUUAUUGACAA